UUUCAUAUUCAAAGAAAAUGGACUCCAACAGCGCAAGCUACAAUGCUGGACAGGCCAAGGGCCAAGCAGAGGAAAAGGCUAGCGGUCUGAUGGACCAGGCUAAAAAUGCUGCUCAGUCUGCCAAAGAAUCAUUGCAAGAGACUGGUCAACAAUUGCAGGCAAAGGCUCAAGAAUCUAGUGAAGCUGCAAAGGAUUCAGCAAACAAGAGCUAAAUUAUGUUUGAUGGAUCAUGAUGCUAUCAACUUUCAAUUAGUGAUUUUCAAUAUUGUUUGA